AUGAGUGAUAUUAAAUUUAGCUCUGAACAAAAGAAAAUUAUCUUACAAAUUGCAAGAGAAAGUGGAAGAAAUGAAAUUAUGAGAAUGAAACAACAAGACUAUAGUUCUAUUGGAAAUAAAUCUGGAUUGUCAUUUGUCCCUGGUGGUGUUUUUGUUACUUAUAAAAUCAAAAAUGAAUUAAGAGGAUGUAUUGGUUGUUUUAGUCCAUCAAGACCACUUUAUGAAUUAGUUCAACAAUAUGCUAUUGCUUCAUGUAAUGAUCGUAGGUUUAAUAGAAUGAAAAUUAAUGAAUUUGACCAAACAACAAUUAGCGUUAGUUGUUUGUCUGUACCAAAAGAUAUAACAAAUCCUUUACAAAAUGUUAUUGCUGGAAAACAUGGAAUUGUUGUUGAAAAAGGAUAUUGCCGUGGUACUUAUCUUCCUCAAGUAGCAACUGAACAAGGAUGGGAUACUAAAACAUUUUGUAGUCAUUGUGCUUAUUCAAAAGCUGGUAUUAGUCGCACUGUUGAUGUAUUUAAUGACCCAUCAGUUCAUUGGCAAACUUAUACUGCAUCAAUUGUAUCAGAAUAA